CUUCCUUAAUCAUCCUUCAUCUCGACGGUGCUACAGCGUCCGGCCAUCGUCAUGGUCAUCAAGGCAUACGAGUUAUUCCUCCUCUCCAAUGCCUCGCAGAUCACGGCCGUCGAAUCGAGCCUGCGCUCCCUGACCUACUUCCUGCCCGGCAGAUUCAAGGAUGCCGAGCUCGCCGGUGAAGCGAUCUACAGUGGCAUGAAUCUGCUAGGUCUCUACCACGAUGAGAUCCUCAAGUCCCUCGUCAUCUACCGCGACGUCUCUGGCUCUGCCGCUCCUCGCGCUUCUUCGUCUGCGGCGGGGGCGGCUACAUCGCCUGAUUCGGUGCCGCUGCUCCCCUACACGCCUUCGCCGCAUGCGCGGUAUACCAAUCACUACUCGAACUCGUCGCCGACGUACAAGCUCCUCGCUCGCUUGCUCGUCGUCAUUGGAUACACGGAAUUGCUAGCAGAGAUGGUCGCUCGCAGGCGAUUGCCAAGUCAAAAGGCGUGGGACGUUGUCCUGGCGAUUGAGGGAGUCAAGGCUUCGCUUCGCCUUGCUCUGUAUCACCUCACGUCUACUCGACUCACAAUCGAGCCCCCCAUCCCAGAGCGCGAGGUGGACCCAGAGAUGCUUCAGAAAGAGCGAAAUGAGGCUCUCCUCUCUCGAGCUGCCGGUCAAGUUGUGCCGUCAUCCUCUUCGUCUGCUGUGUCUCUACCGGCUGCUGUACCGCCAGCGGGCAGCAAGAAGACAUGGACAGGCACGCGCACUAAGCUCGUCCGCCCAACUCUCGCCUCUCUGCGGUCACGCACACCUCGCAGUGUCGUUGACCCAGUGACUGGCCAACCGUCCGACCCACCAUCACGCCCUCCCAAUUCGCGCAGCGGGUCACGCUCCGGUCCCUCGUCGUCUCGCUCGCACUCCAUAUCAGGGCUCAGCUCAUCGGGAGGCAGUGAAAGCGACUCGGAAAGCGAGAGUGACUCGGACUCGUCCGAGGAGACGCUGGUCGACCCAGCAACGGGAGCUACGACCACCUCGACAGUGCAGCCCUGGACGGACAACAACAUCAACGACUAUCUCACCAGCAAGGCCCUGACACGAGAAGAUGUCAUGAAGCCUCUCGAGCUGGUCCGCCCAUUGGGGCCCAGCAAGCGGGCAGUCCUGAGCGAGUAUUUGUGGGUUCUGCGCCCGCUCUUCUACGUUGUGGCGCUCAAGAAGUGGGGAACCAGAAGGUGGGAGCCGUGGACCAUUUCGUUGGGUAUCGAAUACCUUUCCCACUCGCUGAGGCAGUCGGCGUACGCUUCACCCUUGCUGGCGGGGAAGGACCAGCAGGGGGGCAUCUUGAGCCCAAUGCUCAUGGGUAUCAUGUCCGCGCAUCCGCUUCUCAAGAUCGUCGCACGACUUGUCCAGUCUUCCACCUCAGCGCCUAAGCCGCGUAGCGCAGUAGAGGAGGCAGAGUGGGCCAAGCGUCGCCGCGCCUUUGUGUGGUACCUCCUGCGUGGGCCCAUUUGGCAUAUGUACACGCGGGUCAAGGUGCAAGGGCUCUGUGACAAGUUUGAAGGGAGGAUGCUGUUGGGCAUUUUGGCGGCCAUGGUAAGGGAGUAUGUUCCGCUAGUCGAUGACUUGUACUUUUAUGUCAACUAGAGACGUGGAGUUGCAAUGACAAGAAAAGAAGGAUGGGCAAAUGAGGCCCCCAGUGAAGUCCACCC